UCGCCGACGAUGAGAAACCGUUGCGCUUUGUUGUCUGCACACAACAUUAACUAGACUAGUGGCACUUAUAUUUUGGCCAAGCAAAUUUAAUUCAAAAAAGACUAGCAAGAAAGAAUAAAGCUACGCAAGAAACGAAGCAACAAAACAGUGAACAACAAAUCUUGCCAAUAAACAAAAUACAUUUUGUACUUUUAUAGCAACAGUAUCCACACACACAGCACCCCGCAAACAUGACUGAUAUGAAGAAUGAAAUGGACAGUGAUUUGGAUCAGAACUAUUCGCUGAACAGCAAUGCAGAUCCCAAGAACAUGCAGGAAUUGACAAUUUAUGUCCAAAGCCUUUUGCAAAAUGUACAGGACAAAUUCCAAACCAUGUCGGAUCAAAUUAUAACUCGCAUCGAUGACAUGGGCAAUCGGAUAGAUGAUUUAGAAAAAAGUAUUGCUGAUCUGAUGAAUCAAGCAGGUGUUGAGGGUCCAGAGAAAUAAAACUAACCCAAAGUAAAGUAAGAAACAACAUGGCAGAAGAAACACUGAUGACGAUCUCCAUAUGUGUGCGGGAGAAAAGAGGAUGCUCAAACAGAAACAACCCCACAACAAUAACAACACAACACAUAUAUCAAAAUAAAAAAAGUAGAAUCAAAAAUCACUAAAUUUCCCACAAUUCAUUCUAUAUUUUUUUCUGCUUAGUUUCAUUACCCAUUAACGCAUAUUGCCUUUUCCCCCAAAUAAUAACUUAUAUAUUUAGAAUUUUAUUACAUUAUUGUAGUUUUUUGCUGUAUAGUUUUCUUCAUACGUCUCUGUAUUUUUGUAUUUUGCGUGUCAUAACACUGUAUUUAAUUCAUUUCAGUACAAUUAUGAUAGAAAUUUACCAUUAUAUUUUUUACACAAAAACAAAAAAAGAAGGGAAUCUUUUAUGUAAAUUAAAAUAUAAAUUAUAAAAGAGAUGGAUUACAGUUUUGUUGGAGUGAUAUUUUGUUUGUAAUUAAUGUAUGUAUAAUUUAUCUUAAAUUAAAACACAGUUUGAUAAGCAAGAAGCAUGAAAAAGAGAAGAAGAAUAUGAAGUAAUAAAAAUAUUGAGUUUAAGUUGAA